GUCAUUUUAACUGGAUUAUCGUCUAUAGUUCUUACUGUAUAUCUUGGAAUGAAAAUAACAAAAGCUCGUAAAGCAUAUGGUGUAGAAUAUCCAUAUAGUAUGCUUACUAUUGGUGGAUUAAAACAUCCAAUUAUAUCUGCUGUUGCAGGAGGUGUUUGGAUACUUGGCCGUAUUGCUUAUGCUGUCGGAUAUUCCACUGGUGAACCUGAUAAAAGACACAGAGGAGGAUUUGGCUAUUUUGGUUCACUCGCUUUAGUUGGAACAACCAUUUCUA